AUGGCGGAGUUGAAGAGCCAGCCGUCUUCAUUGAGACAAUACGAAAAACUUCGAAAGGGAAUGGUACCAAACCGAGAAGAACUGCAGGCUGUGAAAACGUGUCUUUUUCAGACUCAUUACCUUCUGCACCUUUGCCGCAACGUCCCCAUCGCCGAUUUCGAGUUUCGAAGAGGCAACAAUCUUAUCGAAACUCUCCAAGGAACUUGUUAGUUUGCUCUUGCGCGUUUUUCUAAUUUUCAGCCUGAAAUUUCAGUGGCUUUCGACGAUAUCAUGAACUCGAAGAGGGAGAUGAAUAACGAAGAAUUGGCAGGCCCUCUCACCGACGACGGUGUCCGCUAUUACAUCGGUCGCAUCUGCGAGAAACAGAACCCCGUCGAGUGAGCGUUUGCUCAGUGAUCCAUGUGCUCAAUGAUAACUUUUCAGGAAGAGAAGCACAUACGUCUUCAAUCUGAACACUUGUGACAUCCAGCUGCCGACAUCUUCGUACGACAACCACAUAAAGGUAGAUUUCCGUGCUGUGUCCGGCAUUAUUAACAUUUUGUCCAGCUCAUCGAGAACUACAACACCUUUGUCGGUAGGCACAGACCGGGCGAUAUCUUCAUGAAGAAGUACCUCUUCUUCCCGAUCUCCCGAUCCAAUGGUGCUUCUCUGAUCAUUGUGCACAAUCCGAUGGCGGCCGUGAGGCCAGUGGGCGGCAAACGGCAGGGAAUCUGCACGAUGAUCCACUUCAGCACCAAUUUCGAUGAGAACUAUUGGUCAGUUAUUGCAGGCAGUUGUCCAGUCUACCACUGCACCACUUUUGAACAGAUUUUUGGAAAUUUAGCUCAUUGCAAGUCUCACAUUCAUUGAGAACAAUACCAACAUAACAGAAAUACAGAGCGACUUACUUAAGUGAUUUUAACUUCAGGAAGUACGUGGUCCCAAAUGUUCUGAAACUGAUGCACCUGCUCUUCCAUCUCUUCAGUCCAUACAACAACUACGCAGGUUUUGAGGUGGAGUCGAUCGACCAAAGAUUCCGGUCGUUCCCGCCGAUGAAACACUUCGAGAACGAGUGGCAAAUGCUCCAUGGGCUCAACCAAUUCCUCAGACCGGACCACUCUCUCAAGGAUUGGGUAACUGGAAGUUGAAUCGUUUUUUGUGCUUGAAUUAAUGAUUUCAGGCAACGAUUGCUCAAGACAUCGGCCUCAGUCGCCUGCAAAUGAUUCGCGGUAUGACCAAGAUGCGUAAAGUUCUGGCUGACGAUAUGUACUCCUUUGUCGAGCAAGUGAGUUAAUCUUCAAGUUUUGUCGAAUUUAUAUUGUGACUUUUUCAGAACCGCGAAAAUGACGUUGGUCAUUUCUUGUUCGCGAAACGACUGGCAAUUUGUGAGUACAGGAAACAAAAUGACUGUGUUCCCGAUCCAAUCGUCAUCGACGAUGACGAGCCAUUCUCCUCACGAGACGGCGAGGAAUCGAUAGAAGUAGUCGAACCAGAGGAAUCCGUCAACUUUCUUCCAACUGCAGGAACGGAGAAGUCGCAGGAAUCAGCCAACGGAAAACUCGGAGAGCCAUCCACUCGCGCUGAACUCGAAGGGCUUGCUAUUCUGGGCGAUCAAGUGAAGCAGGAGAUCUGCUCUCCGAUCGUCAGAAGAAGGGCAAUGGGGACCACGAGACAUGACAGUCUGCGCAGACGAAUAAAACGACGCCUCAACUAA